UUAAAGCCACAAAGGGUCACCGGGGACAGCCAAGAGAAGAGACUUUCUCCUAGAAUUUCUCUUUUGUCUGCAAAAAAAGGGAGCCCAGGAAUUACCAGGCUGUAGCACUCUGCAGAACAUGGAUUUAGAAAUAUCAGAGGGAAGAACUGCAGUAUUCCAAACCAGGAAGUUCCUAAAGCAUAAGAGGAGGAAUGUAGCAAAAGAUUAAGGAGGCACCUCCAGCUCCUCCCUGCCCUUCUCGAAUCAAUCCAAUCUUUCCAUUCAGGUGUGCUCCGAGAGCUUCCCCCUUCCCGGAGACCAGGCCGCAGCUCCGCCGAGCAAAACAAAACAAAAAAAUAAGGCCCAUGAUGAUGGAAGAAGAGGUCCAUCAUCGAGAAGCUGAAUGGUGAUACCAGAACAGCUCUUUGAGGCACUGGCAAUAAGAGGCUGAGAACCAGGAGACAGCAAACAUGUUGAAGCCAAGUGGACUUAAAAUCCCUGGCAGGGCUGGGAAGCACUCCAGCCCCGUGGGAAGGACAUCAGGGACCACUGCAGCUGCUGUCACCACCACCUCAAAAGAAGGCUCACCUUUACACAAGCAGGGUGCCACCUCCACCGCCAGCGCCGAGAAGUCGAGUUCAAAGGUUGCCGAAGUGGGCGAUGAUUUCCUGGGAGACUUUGUGGUGGGCGAACGUGUCUGGGUAAAUGGAGUGAAACCAGGUGUGAUCCAGUACCUUGGGGAGACCCAGUUUGCUCCGGGCCAGUGGGCAGGGGUCGUUCUGGAUGACCCAGUGGGUAAGAAUGACGGCUCGGUCGGUGGAGUGCGGUACUUUGAAUGCCAGCCGCUCCAGGGGAUUUUUACGCGCCCGUCCAAGCUGACACGGCAGCUGGUGGCUGAGGGCUCGGGGAGCGACGCCCCCUCCGUGGACUCCUUGACAGCUCAGAACUUGUCACUGCACUCGGGGACAGCCACACCACCUCUCUCCACCCGUGUCAUCCCCCUGAGGGAGAGCGUCCUGAACAGCGCCAUGAAGACGGGCAACGAGUCUGGAUCUAACCUGUCGGACAGUGGGUCUGUGAAAAAAGGGGAGAAGGACUUGCGGCUCGGAGACCGUGUGCUGGUUGGUGGGACAAAGACAGGAGUCGUGCGCUACGUGGGAGAGACGGAUUUUGCCAAAGGCGAGUGGUGUGGUGUGGAGCUGGAUGAGCCCCUGGGCAAGAACGAUGGGGCAGUUGCUGGUACAAGGUAUUUUCAGUGUCCUCCCAAGUUCGGGCUCUUUGCUCCCAUCCACAAGGUGAUCCGGAUCGGGUUCCCAUCAACCAGCCCUGCCAAGGCAAAGAAGAGCAAACGAAUGGCCAUGGGGGUGUCUGCCUUAACCCACAGCCCCAGCAGCUCCUCCAUCAGCUCUGUCAGCUCAGUGGCAUCAUCUGUUGGGGGCAGGCCCAGUCGCAGUGGGCUGCUGACAGAGACCUCUUCUCGAUACGCCCGAAAAAUCUCUGGCACCACAGCUCUGCAGGAGGCACUGAAGGAGAAGCAGCAGCACAUUGAACAGCUGCUGGCAGAGCGUGAUCUGGAGAGGGCUGAGGUUGCCAAAGCCACCAGCCACAUCUGUGAGGUGGAGAAGGAGAUUGCCAUCAUGAAGGCCCAGCACGAGCAGUAUGUGACAGAGGCAGAAGGAAACCUCCAGCGAGCACGAGCCCUGGUGGAUGGGAUGCAGAAGGAGAAGAUUGAACUGCUGAACCAGCUGGAAGAGGAGAAGAGGAAGGUGGAGGACUUGCAGUUCCGUGUGGAGGAAGAAUCCAUCACGAAGGGGGAUCUGGAGACUCAGACGCAGUUGGAGCAUGCCCGAAUACGGGAGCUCGAGCAGAGCCUGCUGUUUGAGAAGGCACAGGCUGAGAAACUCCUCAGAGAAUUAGAGGACACCAGGUUAACGACGGUAGCGGAGAAGUCCAGGAUCCUGCAGCUGGAGGAGGAGCUGAGCCUGAGGCGCAGCGAGGUGGAGGAGCUUCGGCAGUGCCUGAGGAGCUCCCACCAGCCAGAGACCCCUGAGCACCACCUUGGCUUGCAGUCUGAGGCUCUUCGUCUGCGAGAUCAGCUGCUGUCUGCCAACAAGGAGCAUCAGAAGGAGAGCAGCCAGCUGAAGGAGAAGUACGAGAAGACGUUAAAGAAGUACCAGCAGGAGAUGGAGAAGCUGAAGGCUGUCAAUGAGAAGUACGCGCAGGACAUCGUUGACCUAAAGCAUAAAGUUCAGCAAGCCACUAAUGAGAACAUGGGGCUUAUGGACAACUGGAAGUCCAAGUUGGACACGUUAGCUUCUGACCACCAGAAGUCUCUAGAGGACCUCAAAGCCACCUUGAACACAGGUCCCGACACCCAGCACAAGGAGAUCGUGGAACUGAAGGCGGUGGUGGAGAGUAUAAAGAUGGAGCACCAGCUUGAGUUGGAGAACCUGAAAGCAAAGCAUGACAUUGAGACAGCUGUUCAUAUAAAGGAGAAAGAGAGUCUCAAACUGAAGUUGCAGGAGGCUGUGGAUGAAGUGGAAAAAAGCAACAGCAACUGGAAAAUGCAACUGGAAACCAAAAGCAAUCAACACCUUCUGGAGCUCCAAGAUGUGAAGGACAAGUGUCGAGAUGCUGAGCUGAGGGUGCAUGAACUGGAGAAACUUCAUGGUGAAUAUAAAGAUCAGACACAAGCCAUAGCUUUCUUGAAAGAGCAGAUUUCUUUGGCUGAGAAGAAGAUGUUGGACUAUGAAACAUUACAGAAAGCAGAAGCCCAGAGCAAACAGGAGAUCCAGAGAUUGCAGGAAAAAGUGCUUGUCUUAGAGAACAAGCUGCAGUCCAUGGAGGCCCUGCAUCCUUCUCAGCAUGCCAAUAUGAUUGAAACUAAUGAUAUUUCAGAAGAAAAGAUAAAGAUGAAGCAGACUAUGGAAGACCUCCAAGACAAGCUGAGUAAAAGAGACAAAGAGGUGUCAUCCCUGGUGUCCCAGACUGAAACUCUAAGGGCCCAAGUAAGUGCUUUGGAAAAUAAAUGCAAAACAGCAGAAAAGAAGGCUGAUUCAGUGGUAAAAGAAAAGAAGAGGCUGGAAGGAGAACUGGAAGCCUUGACCAAGAAAACACAUGAUGCUUCAGGGCAACUGGUCCUGAUUAGCCAGGAGCUACUCAAGAAGGAAAGGAGCCUGAACGAGCUGAGGGCGCUGUUGCUGGAGGCGAACAGGCACUCGCCGGGGCCGGAGCGGGACCUGAGCCGGGAGGUGCACAAAGCCGAGUGGCGGCUGAAGGAGCAGAAGCUCAAAGAUGACAUCAAGGGGCUGCGAGAGAAACUGGUCGUGCUGGAGAAGGAGAAGUCGGCGAGCGACCAGCGACGCUUCUCCCUCAUCGACCCCUCCUCGGAGUCGGAGCUGAUCCGGCUGCAGCAGCGGCUGGUCAGCACGGAGGACGUGCUGCGCAGCGCCCUGGAGCAGGGCCACCAGAUGGAGAAGCUGAUGGAAGCCAUGAGGCUCUCCUCGGAGAAGACACAGACUGUUGGGAAUUCUGGGUCAGCCAAUGGGAUUCACCAGCAGGAUAAAUCCCACAAGCAAGAGGAGAAGCUCUGAUAAGAGGUGAAGAGGAUCAUUUCAGGCCAGUAUCAGCUCCUGUGCACAGGCAGGAAGAACAAUACCACAUCUGGCUUUAGCACCUCCAAAAGACCAGACAUACUAUUUUCACUUUAAAGCAGGACAAUGUUUAUAAUAUACUAACUGAUGUCAUCAGGACAAUCCUGGAGCCCAGUUUUCCAAGACAGCCAUUGUUCCAAGAGGGAGCAGACAGACCUCUCUGGGUUUGGUUUCUUACUUGUAUUGGUUUUGACUGUGGAAUUUGUAUUGCCUGAGCUGCCCUUGUCCCACCAGCUGGCAUGGUCUGGAUGGCAGGGUGGCUGGAGUGUCAGCAAGAUCCCGUGACCCCUCAGGAGCUGCAAAGGGAUUUGCUCCUGGUGUUCAACUCCCAAGUGUGUGCCCAGAGGCCACGUGCUGCCCACGAGGUCUGUCCCUUCCCAUCCACCCACCUCAUGUCCUGAAGACCUGCACAAGCAAGUGAAACCUUCUGGGCUGACUGGUCACACGCAGGCUGAGGAAGGACAGGGUGUGGGGAUGUGCUUCCCUCCUCACCUUGUAGAAGACUUCACUCUUCAUCUCAUGGGAAAGGAUCCCAUUUCAGAGGGAUAUUUAUUUUGUUUCUCACCUGCUGCUGUUUGGGGAAGGAGUGGUGGUGGCUUUGAGUUUGGGGACAGGCACACCUUGUUUAGAUGUGGUUGGCCUUUGUUCUUGCAGAGAGAAGAGCAGCCCCAGCCAGGCUGCCCAGCCUGUCCCUGUCCCUGCUAUCAGGUUUAUUGGGUCCUCUUUGAGCACAAGCUCCACACUGGGUCUUGGCACCACUAGUUUUAGGGCUCUGUGCUGGCUGCAGUCAGUGUGGGACAGAUGCCUGGAGGAGCUGGUUCCCUCCUUGCCUGUUUAAUUGAACAGCUACUUGGGGGCUGCCUGGCCAUUCUCCAGAGCUCUCCUUGGCUCCUCUGUAUGAUGCCCAUUCCCUACUACCAGGAAGGGAGGAGGCUGAGGUGCUGCUGUGAGCAUUCAUGCAGUGGUGGCUGUGUCUGAUGGGGCCAACAAUCCUCUGUGUGUGACCUGAGAGCAGAAGGAAUCCAGGUCUGGAGCCCACACAGCUCUUGUGUCCAUACACAGCAGUGUAGGGCUUUUUUCUUCUUCUGAAGACUUUCUACUUCUCUCUCUGACUUUGCACCACAGCUCCCAAGGAACUUUAGGGUGGAGGAAGGGGACAACGUGCUCUUAAAGGUGUGAGAGAAUCCUGUUCAGAUUCACAGUUCAAUACCACAGGGAAGAGUCACAGCAAUAUUUAUCAGGCUUCUCCUAGUUAGUGCCCAACUCCUCCAGCCUUCAGAAGCUCCUGUGUUAUGGUGGGGCAUCUGUGAAAUAGGCCAGGACAGAAAAGACCUCAGAGAGGAGACCUGGGCCAGACCACAGGCAGGUGAACAUCCCAGCCUGUCAGCUUCACUGCUUUUUGCCCUGAUUUCCCACCAAGUUGUUGUUACAUGUUCUUAGUGGGUUGCCAAACAUCCUUGAAGGAUGGGAAGCCAGAAGCAAUCUGGGAAGGACCUGGGCUUCCUGGCUGCAGUUCUGCCAUGAGGAGAAUGUUGCUGAAUCUGGGCUGUGGUUCAGUUCUAGACCCUGCUCACUGGAGGCAGGACUGGUGAUCUCCAUGCAAAGGGAGGUUGAGGAAGGGAGGUGACUUCAUGGGGGUGUAAUGCAGGUCAGAAAACAGCUCAAAUCUGGCACGUGGCAAGGGGAGGCAGAGCUUGGGAUCCAACUGGCUGGGAAUAAUUCAAGUGGGAUCCCAUCCUGCCUUGUAGAAGUGGUUUAUCAGCUCUGACUAAUCACCAGGAUGAUCACCAGAUGUCUGCCUAGCUCUGGGGCUUUCCCAAGGGAUCGUAAGGGUGGUCUCCAAAAUCCUCCUGGUAGGUGUAUUCAGCUCCUGAGGGAUUUAGGAAAAUCCCAAAGGGAGUGUUUGUUGUUGGAGCCUGCAAUAGUGGCCUCACUGGGAGCUGCUGGUUUUAGGAAUUUAGGGCAGGUGUUUCCCAAAGUGCUUCUGUUGGCUGGAUGGUCUCUGAAGUCCCACUCACAGCUCUCAGUGGCUUGAGGGGAGCUAACACAGAGUGCUGCCUGCAGUGCUGCCUGUCUCCAAGCCCAGGGCUUCCCAAGCACUCUAGUUUGUAGCUUAUUUUCCCUGAUAGGUCAUCCAGAGACUUGUGACCAUCUGCCUUCAUCUCCAGAGUUAAAACACCUGCUUUUUCUAUCUCCCUGGAUGAACCUUUGGCUCUGCACAGGGCAGGAUCCCCCAGGAGUGGUUAUGGGGAUCAUGUAUUUGGUUCCAUUAAUCAGAUCCAAAGUUGUCAGGGUGGCAGUGGUUCAGGCUGGAGGAGUCUCUGACUUCUGUCUCCUCCCAGGGACCAUCCCCUGUGAGUGGCUCAGACCUGUGGCUCUUCCCAGUCAGCUUGGGUGACAGUGCAGAACAGCAGCAGAUGGGUCUGAGCAGGGUUAAAGUUAGUGCUGAUGUUCUUCUGGCUGUAAACAGCUGUGCUGGUCCCUGAGGAUCAGCCAGGAGCUGAUGGCACUUCUUGGCUUUGGUCUUGGUGUUGCAGGGCUGUACUGAAAUGGGCAGCAGGGUGAAGCCACGUUCCCUGUGUCCCAGCCACCCUUGGGCUGCAGGUCUGUGGGAGCUGCUCCCCAAAAAGGACCAACUGUGGUGUCAACAGAGCACGUUAUCACACAUCAUCAGGGUUUCGGCUCAACCCUGUACAGUGGCCAGUAGGGCUUUGGACACCAGCAGUGUCCUCCCUCUCCAGAAUUGGCACAGGCUUCCCAAGG